AUGGAGGAGCAGCAGCAGCAAGUGUUGAUGCCGCCGGUGAAGAAGACGAUCAUGAAAGUCUUGGUAGCCAUCGACGAGAGUGAUGCGAGUUUCUACGCGCUCAAGUGGACACUCGAUCGUCUCUUCCUGCGGUCUGCCGUUGCAACGCCGACACCGGAGCCAUCCAACCUGGAGGAUUCCGACGUGCUCACCGUCGUUCAUGUCAUCCAGCCAUUUCAACACUACAUCCUCCCGGCUAUACCCCCGGUGCCUGUGUAUGUGGAUAUGGAAGCUUCAAGGAAGGUUCAGGAAGAGAAUGUUGCUUCAAUACUCUCUCGUGCAUUACGGAUGUGCAAAGAAAAAAUGAUCAAAGCAGAAACUUUAAUUCUUCAAGGAGACCCAAAGGAAAUGAUUUGCCAAGCUGUAGAGGAUAUGAAUGCUGAUCUUCUUGUUGUUGGUAAUCGAGGACGAAGCAAGAUCAAAAGGGUCUUGUUGGGUAGUGUAAGUGAUUACUGUGCUCACCAUGCAAAAUAUCCAGUCCUCAUUGUGAAGCCAGGAAAGGAGUCGUCCCAGAAGUGA